AUGGGCACAGGGGAUCGCCUGCUGGACAUACCAUGCAAAGUGUGCGGCGAUCGAAGUUCCGGCAAACAUUACGGCAUCUAUAGUUGUGAUGGCUGUUCCGGCUUCUUUAAACGCAGCAUCCAUCGCAACCGCAUUUACACCUGUAAAGCGACAGGUGAUCUGAAGGGUCGCUGUCCCGUCGACAAAACUCAUCGCAAUCAAUGUCGUGCGUGUCGGCUGGCGAAAUGCUUUCAAUCGGCCAUGAACAAAGAUGCCGUUCAACAUGAGCGCGGUCCACGCAAACCGAAACUGCAUCCACAGUUGCAUCACCAUCAUCCCCACCAUCCGCAUCAUCAUCAUCAUCACCAUCACAAUGGCUUGGCGGCGCAUCACGCCCACCAUCAUCCCGGUCACCACCUGCCUGUCUCGUUGGUCACCAAUGUGUCGGCUUCCUUCAAUUACACAUCGCACAUUUCCACCCACCCCGUGCAGGGUUUCCAACCACCAGCGCACCCAACUGCCUUUCAUCAUCCCGGACAUGCGCUGGGGCAGCAUAGCGCUUUGCAAAAUGGCGCCGUUGCUGUGCCACCACAUCCACCAUUACCAUUUCCGCCGCACCUGCUGCCCCACAUGCAUCACAAUCUCAUCGCCGAGGCCACAAGUAAGUUGCCCAGCAUGACAGCAACAGCGGCGGCUACUACAGCCGCCACCAUUGUGGGUGCGGUAAGCGCCGCUGCACAUCCACCAUCUACUAAUACACAUAAUUACUCUUCACCUUCGCCUACACCUUCUAUACAAUCCAUUUCGAGUAUUGGCGGACGUAGCUCGUUGGGCAGCGAGAGUCCGCGCGUGAAUGUUGAAACAGAAACGCCUUCAGCUACGCCGCCAAUGUCGACGAGCGCUUCACCGGUGCCAUCACUUACUGACACGAAUGUCACUGGUGGACCGGCAUCACCGAUUAUCAUCAUUAAUGGCAAUAGCAAUAAUAAUAACAGUAACGCGGAUGUGGACAACAACAACGAUAACAGCAUAAACAAUCAGAAUUGCAAGCCGAGCAGCGGCGGUAGUAGCUUGGCCGCAAGUAGCAGCACACCAUCGCGUUCGUCACCACUCUCCAGCCACUCGCCAGCGGCUCAACACAGCGGCACUGGCAUCUCAACUAGCUCAAGCUCUUCAGCGGCCGCGGCGGCUAGUCAAGCUGCAGCGUUGUAUGCUGCACGUCAAAAUGGUUUCCUUGAACUGUUACUCAGCCCGGAUAAGUGUCAGGAAAUCAUUCAGUACCAGGUGCAUAAUUCGUUGCUUUUUCCGGCGCUGCCACAGCAAUUGAUUGGUGUCGAUUCGCGACUUCUGUCAUGGGAGAUGCUGCAAGAGACCACAGCGCGUUUGCUCUUCAUGGCGGUGCGAUGGGUUAAGUGUUUGAUGCCAUUCCAGACGCUCACCAAGAACGAUCAACAUUUAUUGCUGCAGGAAUCUUGGAAAGAGCUUUUCCUGCUCAACCUCGCCCAAUGGACCAUACCGCUCGAUCUCACACCGAUACUCGAAUCACCACUCAUCAAAGAGCGCGUGCUCCAAGACGAUGCCACACAAGUCGAAAUGAAGACCAUUCAAGAGAUACUCUGUCGUUUUCGCCAAAUCGCGCCCGACGGCAGUGAGGUCGGCUGCAUGAAAGCCAUAGCGCUCUUUGCGCCCGAAACAGCUGGACUCUGUGAUGUACAACCGGUCGAGAUGCUGCAAGAUCAAGCGCAAUGCAUACUCUCCGAUCAUGUGCGUCUACGCUACCCACGACAAGCGACGCGCUUCGGACGUUUACUGCUGCUAUUGCCAUCUUUGCGUACAAUACGCGCAGCCACCAUCGAGGCGCUCUUCUUCAAGGAGACAAUUGGCAAUGUGCCCAUAGCGCGACUGCUGCGCGAUAUGUAUUCCAUGGAACCGGCGCAGGUGGACAAGUGA